CGGCCGAGCCUGUACUCUGCUCCAUUGCGGAUAUACAGAAAGGAGAAAAGAGGGUGAUGGGAACGGAAUUGUCCUGCCGCAUACAUUGGUACACAUCUAAAAUACAACAAACCUGAGACGCCAAGAAAGGAGGCCGAGAAAGCAAGGAGAAAAGGAAAAAGUGUCAAACCAGACACAGCUGCAUGACCUCAGGGAAUCCCUUCAUCUGUAUUGUCCAGUAGAAAUUAAAAGGAUCACUGAAGAAAAACAUGAUGGAAGAUUCAUAAGCCAUAGAAGAAAAAGUGGUAGCAUCAGUGAUAAGGAGCGGCUGUUCAUUUCCUUAGCUUUGGGGGAAAUAGACUUGGGACUUUAUGCCGUACCUAUUCUGGACAAACCUGUGAUUCAGUAAAUUUGGAUGCAUUAAGCCCACAUCUCAAUACCAUUGUUGAUGCUGUAGUACAAAAGUUUCAGGAGAGAAAAAUAAGAAGGAGAAUAUUUAACCAAGAGCUGUGGUCAGAGGUCGGGACAGUCAAUCAGUGGCACAAAGAGCUUCUUCUGAGUGAAUCAUAAGGAUGAUGUCACAGACGUGCAGGGUGGCAAUCUUCCUCUUGCUCUGCUGGGAAGCAGUAAGCAUUGAGGUUCCCCUUGAUCCAAAGAUUCAACAAGAGCUUAAGCAACCUCCAACAAUCACAAAGCAGUCACCUAAAGACUACAUUGUGGACCCCAGGGAUAACAUCAUAAUUGAGUGUGAAGCUAAAGGAAACCCCCUUCCCAGCUACACAUGGACACGUAACAGAAAGUUCUUCAAUGUGGCAAAAGAUCCUCGUGUAACAAUGAGACGUAAUUCUGGUACACUAGAGAUUGGUUUUCGAAGUGGAGGGCGUCCUGAUGAAUAUGAGGGAGAGUAUCAAUGUUUUGCUAAGAAUGAAUUUGGGACUGCACUCUCCAACAAAAUCUUGCUCCGUGUUUCAAAAUCGCCACUUUGGCCCAAAGAGUACCUGGAGCCAGUAGUUGUCAAUGAAGGCUCUCAUGCCAUUCUGCCAUGUAAUCCACCGCCUGGCCUCCCACCACCUCACAUCUUUUGGAUGAAUAGUGCCAUGUUACCCAUCACUCAGGAUCGACGAGUCUCGAUGGGGCUGAAUGGAGACUUGUAUUUCUCCAAUGUUCUAGCUAAGGAUGCUGAAACAGACUACAGCUGUAAUGCCCGUUUUCAUUUCACACAUACCAUUCAGCAAAAGAAUCCAUUCACUCUGAAAGUAUUGACCAAGGAAAGCCGUAAUGAUACAUCAGUGCACUUCUCGUUGAACCUCACUGAGUUACACAGUGCACGAGGCAUCACAGAGACCACACCGACAUUUCUCUCCCCUACCGGAACAUCUAGUUCUAAGACUGUUCUGCGUGGUGAUGAACUGCUUCUGGAGUGCAUUGCAGCAGGAGUACCUACUCCUAGCAUUACCUGGUACAAGAAAGGAGGAGACCUUCCCAGCAAGAAGGUUAAGUUUGAAAACUUCAAUAAGACAUUACGCAUAGUUGGGGUGUCUGAAGCUGAUGCAGGUGACUACUCCUGCCUGGCCAGUAACAAAAUGGGCAGCAUUCGUCACACCAUCUCAGUUAGGUACAAAGCUUCACCAUACUGGCUGUCUGAACCGAAAAAUCUGAUCCUUGCUCCGGAGGAGGAUGGAAAUCUUAUUUGUCGAGCAAAUGGGCUGCCUAAACCGGAGAUCACAUGGCUUAUCAAUGGAGAUCCUAUAGAAAGUGCUCCUCCAAAUCCAAGCCGUCGUGUUGCAGGCGACACCAUCAUUUUCCGUUCUGUUCAGAUUGGUAGUAGUGCCGUUUAUCAGUGCAAUGCUUCAAAUGAACAUGGGUACUUGUUAGCUAAUGCUUUUGUCAAUAUCCUAGAUGUUCAGCCCCGCAUGCUAGCUCCACAGAGCGAGGUCAUCAGAGUGAUUGAGAACAAUCGGACUCAUUUGGACUGCCCAUUUUUUGGCUCUCCCUUGCCCAUGCUACGUUGGUUUAAGAAUGGUCAGGGAAGCAACUUAGAUGGAGGACAGUACCGCACCUAUGACAAUGGAACAUUAGAAAUCAAACGGGCACGGAAAGAGGAUCAGGGCACCUACACGUGUGUGGCAACCAACAUUUUGGGCAAGGCUGAGAAGCAAGUCAGGCUUGAAGUAAAAGACCCAACACGCAUUGUGAGAGCCCCAGAGAACUUGGUCAUAAAACGUGGGGAGAACGCUCGGUUUGACUGUCGAAUCUCAUAUGACCCCUCUCUUCGCUUAAUUGUUACCUGGCUCAAAGAUGACAACCCCCUGUCUGGCUGGAGAACUUUGGUACAGACUAUAAGUAAUUGGUUCAAGGAGGUGGAAAGCAUGUUCUACCCAAGGAUGAAGAAAGACGAAGAGUCAUUGACAGUCACCAAUGUCAACGAGCAAGAUGAGGGAGUUUACACCUGUAUUGUGAGCACUGAACUUGAUUCAGAUUCUGCCAAAGCCCGCCUUACUGUCCAGGAUGAUCCAACUUCUCGCAUUGUGCCUGAAAUUAAAGACCGCCCAGAGCCCCCGACAGAUCUAGAGCUCACAGACCCCUCAGAAAGGAGUGUGCGACUAACCUGGGUUCCAGGAGAUGACAACCACAGUCCCAUAAAAGAAUUUCUUGUGCAAUAUGAGGAGGAUCUUUGGGAACGUGGAAAGUGGAAGAAUCUUACCAGCUAUCCUGGAAACCUCAACUCUGUCAUUUUGCCUCUGUCCCCAUAUGUAAACUAUCAAUUUCGAGUCAUUGCCAUCAAUGAGAUUGGUGCUAGCAGACCUAGUCGGCCAUCUGAGCGCUAUAGAACCAGUGGAGCACCGCCCGAAGUGUACCCUCAAAAGAUACGUGGUGCUGGAUCAAGGAAGAACAACAUGGAAAUUACCUGGGAGCCUGUAGUUGGAACUGACCAAAAUGGACCCAACUUACGUUAUAUGGUUUGGUGGCGUCGAAGAGACUCUCGGGAGCAAUGGAAGAACUUAACUACGCGCUAUGAGAAACAUGUUAUUUGGGACACGGACACGUAUGUCGCCUAUGAAAUUAAAGUACAAGCAAUAAAUGACUUUGGACCAGGACCUGAAUCACCUAUAAUCAUUGGCCAUUCUGGAGAAGACUACCCCAGAUCAGCUCCAACCAAUAUUCGUAUCCGGCCGGAUAGCACAAGGGCCAUCAUUAUGUGGAGUCCAGUCUCAUAUGAAAGCGUUCAAGGAGAGCUAAAAGAAUAUAGGGUAUACUACUGGAGGGAAAGUAGCAAGCUCAAAGGGCUGAGUGUAUCAAGGGAGAAGAAGUAUCAGAGUUUCUCAACCACAAGCUCCAAACCCCAGGGGACACUAAAAGACCUCAUUCCAUAUAGCAACUAUAAGCUGUACAUGGUAGUAGUCAAUGGCAAGGGAGAGGGUCCAUCAAGCACAACCCAUGAUCUCCAGACCAGUGAAGGAGUGCCCGGUCCUCCAAGGUAUCUGCGAGUUCAGGAGCGGAAUAUGGACACGAUUUACCUGGACUGGGAUCAACCAUUAGAGCCCAAUGGAAUUUUAACUGGGUAUACUCUGAAAUACCGAACAGUGAAUGGAACCAAGGUGGGACGUAUGCAGACUGAAAACUUCCAAUCAAACAUAACUAGCUACACAUUACGCAAAGCUGACCGAAAUGCACGCUACAAGUUUGAUUUGAGUGCUCGCACACAGAUCGGCCUAGGGGAGGCAUAUAUCGUUGACGUUACCCAGUCUACCAAUGAAGAAGAAAUGAACGCCACAGCCUCAGUUAUUCCCUCUUUCUUUCCAUUGAUAACCACUGCAACGGUUCUGGUAGAUUCAGCAACCCCUGUUGAAAUGACUCCUUCAGCAGUGCCUACAACAGUUGAAACUACAACUACAGUUAUUUCUCCAACUACAGUCAUUCCGCCAACUACAGUCAUUCCUCCGACAACUAAGAGUCCUUUGUCGGCUGUCACUCAAGUUCAUGUGUUUGCCCGUGGCAGCAAGAUCUGGAACGUGACUGUCUCGCCUAACACUAAUUAUGCAAAUAUCAGCUGGACCCACAACUUCCCUCCGGACUCUACAGAGUUUGUGAUUGAAUACAUUGACAGUAAUGAGACGGUUACCAAUGUGACUGUUAAACAUGAAACCCCUGUCAAGCUAGCAGGACUGAUUGCGGGGGCCAAGUACCGGGUGCGAGUUUACUCCCGAGAAUUCACCUCUGUCAGCAGCAAAUAUGUCUCCUUCGAGACCAGCUCAGCAUACACCAAGGACCAGGUAGACAUUGCCACCCAAGGAUGGUUCAUAGGCCUAAUGUGUGCAAUUGCCCUGUUGGUGCUGAUUCUUCUCAUUGUCUGCUUCAUAAAGAGGAGCCGUGGAGGCAAAUACCCAGUGAGAGAAAAGAAGGAUCUUCCCUUGGAUGCCGUUGACCAAAAGGAUCAGGAUGGAUCUUUUGAUUACCGGUCCCUUGAAAGGUUAGACCGUGCUACAACACUUCCUUAUCGUAAACGUGACGAGGAUAACAAGCCUCUGCAGGGCAGCCAGACAUCUCUGGACGGAACCAUUAAGCAGCCAGACAGUGAGGACAGCUUGGUGGACUAUGGAGAAGGAGGAGAUGGACAGUUCAACGAAGAUGGUUCUUUCAUCGGCCAGUACACUGUCAAGAAGGACAAGGAGGAGACGGAAGGCAAUGAAAGCUCAGAGGCAACCUCUCCUGUCAAUGCCAUUUAUUCUUUAGCAUAGCCUUGCAGUGACAUGCAGGCAGACGGAAGGAGGGGAGAUGUUUUACAUUUUCCCACAGGCAUCUGAACCAAACUCAAGAUGGAAAACAAACCUGAAUACAGCAGGCUGUAGUCUGUUUGGUGGCAGAAUCUCUGGGACAGAAACCUUGAAUACUUCCCUGACUGCCUCAGACAUAUACUGUAAUUCCAAAACGUUUAUGAAGAACGUGCCGGCAAUUACGUUUAAAAAAAGAGGAAAUAUUUUUUUCCCAGAUUUGAGGGGAGGGUGGGAUUGUUAACAAGACAAGUUAGGCUGAAGGAUGCAAGAGAUGUUGAAAGAAUCUUAGCUUCCCAUCCUAGUAAGUUUAACCAUUAUUGUAAAGCAUGCCUAGAGCUCGACUUUGUGAGCAGGACCUUAUUGACAUUUGAAGAUUCUGAUAACAAGCAUUUAAUUUUGUUUCCUUGGUUUCAUUACUGUUGUAAGCUGGCUGAGGUACCACCAACUUUGAAGUACUUACACCACUCUGUUGCUGUAGAAGGUAGGUUACUUCAACCAAAAGGGUGACACAUGCAUGUUAACCUUUCAAGGCUUCUUCCUACUUUGCCAAAGAUCUUUUGACAUUUCAGGUGAGGUGCUAAGGCCAGUCAUUUUCUAUAGCCAGGUCUGUUAUCAGAACUGUGGCCAGUUGUCACACAGAGUAGAAUUCACCUUCAAAGCAGACAGCAUCACAAAAUUGAUAUUUGUAAAAUGUCAUUGUUCCUCACCAAUGAUGGAAGACUUCUGUAUUUUUGCAUCAUUUAACAGCUUAAUUCUAAUGUAGGGAAUGAUUCCUAAAGUACUAAAAUUAGAUCAGGUAGAAGAGAGACCUUGUUCAUGGAUGUAGGGUUGCUUUUGUACGUUUGAUCAUAGUCCUACUUCUGUCAGAGUACCAUACAAGCUGGAUAAAAAAAUAAUUAGCAAAGUAGACAGCUAAAUUUGUAAAACUCACAAUAUGUAUAUGUAUGAAAUAAAGGGGUGAUUUAUGAGGUGCUUUACCAUUUAAGCUUCAGUUUUAGACUGAUUAGUUUGUUGUAGGCAUGAUCAAGCUCAAAAAAGAGAAAAUGCUUUUGAAAGUUAGGCUGUCCCACAUACAGAACCAUCAUCUCUCUCACACAUUGGAUUACUCAGCCUGGUGUUUAAGGACAAAUGAGCAGUUUUUACUUAGUGUCUGUGGAUGGAUGGAAAGGAUUCACCCUCAAAGAUCUCACCCUGUCCAGCCUGGGCACAGUUGUGUUACCCUUAAUCAGAAAUCUGGCAUGACCGUCCAUAGAAGACUGAUGAAUCAACCAGGGAGCACGGAAUUUACCAUACACAGUUAACAAAACUGCCAAAUAACUUGCUUGCAAUUGGGUUUUUUUUUUUAAUAGUUUCUAAUAUUUUAAUAAUAAAGAAAGAAGAAGGCAGACAAUGUAAACUCUUUACAAGACAAAAUAUCUUACUGAGGGCAGAAUGAAAGAGAAAACCAACUGAAACUCGGGAUGGCUUGGAGAGCCAUUCGAAACAAAACUGAAAAUUAGCAGACUCAAAAAUCCUAUCCCACUCUACCAGGCGCCGGCCCGCCAUUGAUGUCUUGGGCUCUUAAAAGGAUAGAGUCUUUCCUGUUGCCUUCAAUUUUUGUCUUUUUUCCUGUUUUAUUUUUGGGUAUCUUUAAUGCAAAACUUGAACUUCUCUCUGCGAUCACAUCAGGAAUCUUGCUUUCAGUACCGCGCUACUGUCUUAAAACUGCAGAAUGGAUUUGCAGCCAUGGUACAGACUGCUUGAGGUGUUAAUUCAUUGUCUCUAAAAACUAAAAAAAGCCCAUUUUGAACACAAGGAAGGAGUACGCAUGAAUAAGCAUAACUUUAUUUAUGUUCACCAAAUGAUUCAGCCUCAUCUCUGUUCACUUUUUUGUUUUUAUUUUUGUGUUCGAUGGGAUGGUAUGCAGAAUGUUUUUGAAAAGAAUAUGGAAACUAGCCAUAUCAAUUUAGCAUUUCAUUAUUUGUACAUUGUUUCGAAGGAAAUUACUGACAAUGUUGAAAACAGGUGUAUGCUGUUUGUUGAAUUGCUUUGUAUAUAGACGUGGCUCAUUUAGAAAGAAUAACUUGAGUUUGUUAACAAUGGUACAUCUAAGUUUUGGUAAAAAGGAAAAUAUUGCAGUAUUAUAAAAAGCGACUCCAAAUAAAAAAGAAAGAGAUAGUUGGCCAAAACAUAUCUGGACAUUUAAGGUUCUAGUUACAUAAAGCAUCACAGAUCCUUGUGACAUAUUGCAGAAGUAAAUAUCCUGUGUUAGCAUAAGUUUUUACAUUAAGCCAGUAAUGUCUAUCUAUGUUUAGUGUUUGGCAACUUGAAGCCUUUUAAGCCUAUCUUACUAAGAUGACUGAUCAUCAUUACUAAUGGCAAUAGUUUAUAUAUUAAAUGAGUACGGUUUUCUAGGUCAGAAUGUUCAAAUUGGGGUCAAAAUAACCAUUUAUGCUGAGUUUUCAUUUGAAAAUAGUACAAUAACCACCUAUGUUUUGCUGCAAUAAAUAGGGACUCAGGUAUGGAGUAAUUGGCGUCUCGUUGUGCCAGUACAAUGGAAACACUCGGUUUUACUUCUCACUCUCAGUCGUUCAGAUAUACAUUACAGUGUAGUCUUUAAACAGUGGAGUAUAAUAGAUAAAAGGUGUUAAGCAUUUGGUUUAAUGAAGCUGACUUUGGAAAUGGAGCUAGAGUUGAAUAUUAAUCGAAAACAAGUCAGCAUAGCCAGAGGUGUUCAGUUCCAUAGAAUAUGUAUAAUAUGCUUUUGAUCAUUCCAAGUCAGCUCUCUGUUUAUUUAAUAAAGUGAAAAUCUGUAAUAAUUGAUGUAGACUAUGCAAUUUCUCAAAACAUUUUCAAACGAUAGACUUUGUGUCAAUACAGGUAAUGAAUGUGAUGGUUGAUUUCAUUUAAGACUUGGCACAGACCAAGAUUGAAGUAAGCAAUCCUUACAAGUUUAGUUUUGUACCAUUCAAGAUUGUUUGUUUGAACCAGGAAAAAGGUCGUAUCUGGCUUAUUCUAGGACUACAUGUACAAAUGCAAACAUUCAUGCUCAACUAAUUUAGAAACUGGACAAAUUCACUGGAGAGUCCAAUCGUUCUUCCUGAUGAGAGCACUCCCUCGUAUGGCAGCGCAGAGUUGAAGUGACCAUUAAGCUUAGUAUUUGGGAGUUUCUCCAGUUUUAUCUUUGAAAAGAGUUCUAGGUUGUCCUUUAAUGUUGUUUACUUGCCAUUUUUUUGAAUUUCAGGUGAUCAACCAGAACUGCACACCAUACCAAUGUAUGUUGCUUGUUUUUGUACUUGGCAAUUUGAGCAUGCUGGCUGUUUGGCUAAGCUGCCACUGUUAGCUUACAUUCCGUGUGUCAGCAGGAGGCUAAAUGUGAAUUCUGUGCUGUUGCAGUUUUAGCUUUCUGUGUUCUUGUUGUUGAACAUGGAGUUAGAUUUCUCAGAAAAGAGUGCUUUUCACCACAAUAUAUUAUUGUUAGAAAUAUUAUUACCUUUAUGGACAUGAUAACUUUUAUUAUUGAUGUGUUGGUGACAUUUCUUUAAUUCCAGAAAUUUCAGGCGUUAGCAAGUAAGCUCUUCCAUGUUUUGUUCCACUGAUCAUUAGUUUCCUAACAGUCAAUUUGAGAUCAGGGGAUGUGAUUUUAAGAUUCACAGAAAUAAUAUUGACUGGAAUAAAUUUAAACAUGUAAAAAAAUGUAAAGUAGGUCUCCUUUCAUCUUUUGCAGCUCUUUUCAGCACCAUUGAUUAACAGUUGACUUUCAGUUCUCUUUACAUUCUGGUUGGUUAAAAUAUUAUGCUGUCAUUUUUUGGAAUCUUUUAGCCAUUAACAAAAUAGUCUAUAGCAAUCUAAACAUUUAUCUUAGCUCAUUUUGUAUUCCCUUUUAUGUAGUUUUGUUUGAUCUUCUUAUUUCUUUCUCACUUACUCUGUGUGAACUUCUGUCCAGCUGUAGAUGUUCUUUUUAAUCACAGCAUAUGUUCUCAUCGUACUUUAGAGUUUUUCUGAUUUUGCUAUAAUAAUUCAUAUUCAAGUAGGUAUCUCAACCACUGUAGACGUCCAGAGAUAACAAUUCCUGAAUUGAAGCGUCUUUGAUAAAGUGUAACCCAAAGACUAGGCUUUGGGAUCUUAUUUUUUAGUUUUGGGGUGCACCAGUUAUUGUAUUCAGUCAAGUGAUGGACAACUUGAGGCUAGCUCUUUUCCUAAAGUUUGAGAUCCCACUCAGCAAUUCAGUUUUAAAUAAUGUUUCUGCAGUGACAAGUUUGUCUUCCUUUGGGGAAUUUCAGAAAUAUUAUGUAUUGAACAUGUCAGUUUUUGCUUAAGUUGCUUUUUCUUUCUGGCUGCCCAUACCUGUCUGUGUUUUAUGCUAGUUAUGCAAAAAUUUCACAUUAUGUCUAGGUUGAAGUGGUAAAAAUUGAGACAUUAAGCAGUAUUUUCUAAGUAUCGGAUAAAGCCUCAGGUUAUAAUUUCCUCUUUGAGCUGUCAAAUUUGGGCAGAGUUUUGUUCAUCAGGAAGCAGAGAACAUCUUUUGUGACUCAGGUGAAUUUAUGCAACCUAUUAACGAGAUUGACGUGAAUAUCUGAUUGUGCACGCGGACCAUGGACACUUGGUGAAAAACAAAAAACUUUGCUGCUACUGAACAAGAUGUGUUUAGAAGUCUUCAGUAAAACAUUUCAUAGACAGUACCUAGGAUGAAUGCUGUGUCCCAUGGAACUUUCCCAACUUCAAGUGUUGUUUAUUGUUUUAGAAGUUUGAUAAGAUUAUUAGAGAUACCAGGAACUCAAAUUAGUCUAUAAUGCGAUCGUCACUUCUUAGUUAACUAAUGUUAAAUGUAAUGGGAACAGUGGAAAGAAGGUCAGAAGCUAAACUUGGCUCAACCACUGAGAGAUAGUCUUCAUUCUUAGCAGUGUCUAGUCAAACCAUACUGGCCUGUCUGUCAGAUACAUUAGAAAGUUAAUAACAAUGCCCUUUGUCAACAUGUCUUCUGUAAAGCUGAACUGAAGUUUGUCCACAUACUCUAUGUAAAGGGAUCGUGCCAUUGAACCGUUUGUAUAGUGACAGUCAAGUUGUUCUUUACGUGUGUUACGUGUAUCACCUACAAUUAAUCUGAUGCUCAGCGUGGUUCAAGACAAUAACCUCAUUCCCAGGCUUCAUAGGAAAUGGCUUUGUGCUCUUCCAUACUGACACUUUGCAGAAAGUAAGUGGCUUUGUUUGCAUCUUGGUCUCCUUCCCUUUUCUUUCUGCCCUUUUAACAUCAGCCAUGAAUGUGGUUCUUUCUCAUAAUGCAGGACUCCUUGUAUUACUUGGCACAUAUUUAUCUAUUUAUCCUGCAUUUUCAUUUUUUGUUUUAAAUAUGUAAUAUUUACCAAUUCUGUGUUGGAAGUGCAUGUUCCUUUUUAUUUUGUUGGGAUAACUAUAGAAGAUUAAAUUGCAGCACUUCCUAUCUCAUGCUAUUUAAAUUACUGGUAUUUUUGUAUAAGAUUUUUUUUUUUUCAUUAUUAUGUUAUCAUAAAUGUUUCUGUUAUUUAAGUGAAUUCUGUUUGGAAAAUGUAUUUAUACUUUUUUAUUUAAUGCUAAGUAGUAUUUGUUAGAAUCAUCCAGUGGUUCUUCAAACAAUAUAUCUAAAGCACCAGAGGAUAAAAAUUUAGUGGAUUCAUAUAACAAUUCCUAUUGUACAUUUACAUUGAAAUAAUAAUACAGUAUAUAAUUUUUGAAGUUAUACAAUUUAUGUUAUGUCAGGCUUUGUGCUUAUCCAUUUAUUUAUAUCAUUAAUAAGAAUUUAACUUUUAUUUUAAAAAUAUAUACAUAUUUAUAUUUAUAUUUGUUUUGUUUUCUGUUUAUGUGGUUUUGCAGACCUUGUCUUGUUCUGCUUGGAUUCAUUUUCUAAUUGUUCAUUAACCCAUUGUUGCACAUGCCAUUUAUUUUAAGGGUCAUGUGAGCCAGUUACUGUCAUCUGGGGGCUCAUCCUUGGUGGGAUCAUUAUUUCUAACGAUAAAAAAUAAAUAAAAUCCCACUGUUAAGGCAUAUUAAAAGAGAAUCUUUAAAACA